AUGGCACCUUCUCCGCCUCGACUGCGAAUCCUUUCAGUCGGCGGCAAUUCAGUGUCUGCUUUCCUGUCCUGGCGAUUGCAGGCGACAAAUGCCUGCGACGUAACCUUGGUAUGGAAAAACAAUUAUGAGGCUGUUGCUCAAUACGGUGUCUCGUUCAAAUCUUCUCUGUACGGCAACGAACGAUUUAAGCCAAGAUACGUCGUCCAUACCCCUGAAGAGGCAGCGAGCCAGCAGGCAGCCUUCGACUAUGUGCUUCUCUGCGUCAAAGCCCUUCCCGAUGUUUACAACCUGGCCGAUAUAAUAGAGAGCGUCGUGACCCCUCAACAUACCUGCAUCCUCGUUAACACAUCAAACACGUUGGGGGUCGAACAACAACUCCAAGAGCGGUAUCCUACGAAUGUUGUCUUGUCGCUUGUUUCUGGCGCCGAUUUGACACAGCUUGGGUCCAGCGAGUUUGAACACACCGGAUCAACGGAAGUCUGGGUUGGCCCGGCAAGCAAGAACGCCACGAUUCCCGAGUCAAUCCAGAGGGACAUGUCAGAGGCUCUGGCCAUGACGUUGACAACUGCUCGGGUCGACUGCAAAGUUUCAGCAAAUAUUAAGCAACAGCAAUUCGAAAGGAUGACGGGGCCCAUUGCAUUCCAUCCUACAAGUGUCCUUUUCGAAAAGCCGAUCCUCUCGGACCUGAUCUCGUUACCUGGGGUCCAUGAUCUGAUAUCUGAUGUUAUUGAAGAGUUGAUACAGAUCGCCCUCGCACAAGAUUGCAAAUUCCCGGCCAACUUUAAGGAAGCCACAAUACGGUCCAUGCUCGAAUCAAGUCAAGAUAACAGUACCAUGUACCAGGAUUUCUUGGCCCGCCGUCCUAUGGAGGUCGAAACAUACCUAGGUACUCCCGUGGAACUGGCCAAAAAAGCAAAUAUCAAGGUGCCCCGGAUUGAGACCUUGUAUACGAUGCUACGCCACGUGAACAACGUGAACAAAGACCGUCCUGCACCUUCGGCUACUAUGCCGCAGUCACCAUCUGUCAUGCAGCCGCCUCCCCGUACGAUGUCUCUUGCGAAUCCGCCUCCUCCUCGACAAUUAAACCCGCCGGUUAAUGGUGGCCCCAGGCCAAUGCGCGGUCCCAGCAUGGGACCCCCUAUGGGCCCACCUGGGAGACGCGGUCCUCCUCCCGUCAACGGCUUCCGUGGUCCGCCAAACAGUUUCCCACCCCGGGGACCGAGUCAGAUGCAGCGUCGACCGUCUUACGACGAAACGAAUCUGGACGAGUUUAGCCACGUUGUGCUAUAUGAUGAGUUGCCGGACGGUGAGGUGGCCACGAAUUUCCCUCCCCACGGUGGUCCGGCUCCAGGAGGAUUCCGCGAACAGGGAAUGAUGCCACGGGAAAGAGAGAUACACUUGAAGCACCACGAGAUGGCGGCCAGAAACCGCCCCGGUCGAAGAACUUCCCACAACCGCCAUCAAGAGUUUGACGACGAUGAUGACGACGACGAUUACUUCGACCCGAUGCAGCAGCGCGGCCCUCCAGUUCCUCCGAUCGACCCGGACAAUUUCGACAUGAUGAGUGUUACUUCCAGGCGGACCAAACGGACGACCAGUCAGAACCAAUUGCGGAAAGAUGCCUUUGCAAAUGGAAACAACAUGCGUCCUGGAUCGUUUGGCCGGCCUAACCUGAACAGACAUCGGACCAGCACGCAGCUCUUAUCCGACAUGCCUAUGCUCGGAGAAAAUAUCCUGGAUAACCCCAUGAUGGGCUUCUCAUCUAACCGGUACGGAUCGGUAGACCGGAAGGAAAUGGCGAACGAAUCUCGUGCAAAUUCCUUGACGGCGAACCGGCUUCAAGAGCUGGGUGCGAAUGGAGGACCCUAUCCUGGUCCACCUAGUAGACGGACUAGUCGCUCUCCAGGGAACCCAUUCAGUUCAAAUGGCCGGGGGCCUAAUCGACCAUCACCUCCCCUCGAUCCUUAUAUACAACCGGGACAGCGCAACGGCCGUCCGUCCCCCCCAGGAGGAAUACCUGCGCCCGUACCGAGAUAUCCACCGGGCCAGGGCGGCAUCAUUCCUCCACACCAGAUGGAACAGGCCGGGGUGAGCAAACCAUUCCCACCACCAAAAGCUCCUGUGAAAAGUCUGACUGGGAGUGCCAGUGCUAGCGCUGGAAGCGGGGAUAGCGGAAGUGCAAAUAUUGAUUCGGAACCGUCAGCCCAUAGCAGCACCAGCAGCUUCGCACCUCGGCAGCAGAUGUUGAGCAUCCGUUGA